CUCCAAGACCUAAGACGAUGGUUUCUUAAGCACGGCACCGCGUCCCCUUUCUCGACCCUUGACUGCAGGCUGGGAUUCGGCACAGGGGUCCCGGGACUCCGUCCCCUGGAGGAGUCCCAGCCGCCACCUCCCGGGGAAGCUUGCACCGUUGCAGGGGCGCACGGGCCAUGUGGCCACCGUCCGGCGCGCUGGUCCGCCCAGAGGACAUGGUGGCACCUGGCGGAGUCCUGGCCUAGCAUGGCCCGAGCUCGGACGGACGUCGCCUCCGGCUAGGAUGGCCCCUCCGGACCCGGCUGGUGCGCACCCCACCUCGGCCGAGCCGCUGUCCCGCAGCAUCUUCCGGAAGUUCCUGCUGAUGCUCUGCUCGCUGCUCACGUCCCUGUACGUCUUCUACUGCCUGGCCGAGCGCUGUCAGACCCUGUCCGGCCCCGCCGUGGUCGUGGGGCUGUCGGGUGGCGGCGAGGAGGCGGGGACCCCGAGUCGCGGCGUCCUGGCCGGUGGCCCGAGCGAGCUGGCCGAGUGGCCCGCGGCGGCGCGGAGAAAGCGGCUUCUGCAGUCGCAGCAGUGGAGGAGGCACCGGCCACCCACCCCGAGCAACGACGGUGACCAGGCGGCCUGGGAAGAGGACACCCUGGGCCUGGCCGCGGGACUUGGCGGCUCCGGGGCUGGCAGCAGCGUGGCCGAGGCCCCGCCGGGGACCCUGGCCCUGCUCCUGGACGAAGGCAGCAAGCAGCUGCCGCAGGCCAUCAUCAUCGGCGUGAAGAAGGGCGGCACGCGGGCGCUGCUGGAGUUCCUGCGCGUGCACCCCGACGUGCGCGCCGUGGGCGCGGAGCCCCACUUCUUCGACCGCAGCUACGACAAGGGCCUCGCCUGGUACCGGGACCUGAUGCCCAGGACGCUGGAGGGUCAGAUCACCAUGGAGAAGACGCCCAGCUACUUCGUCACGCGCGAGGCGCCCGCGCGCAUCUCGGCCAUGUCCAAGGACACCAAGCUCAUCGUGGUGGUGCGGGACCCGGUGACCAGGGCCAUCUCGGACUACACGCAGACGCUGUCCAAGCGGCCGGACAUCCCCACCUUCGAGAGCCUGACGUUCAGAAACAGGAGCGCGGGCCUGAUCGACACGUCGUGGAGCGCCAUCCAGAUCGGCAUCUACGCCAAGCACCUGGAGCACUGGCUGCGCCACUUCCCCGCGCGCCAGAUGCUCUUCGUGAGCGGAGAGCGGCUCAUCCGCGACCCGGCCGGCGAGCUGGGCCGCGUGCAGGACUUCCUGGGCCUCAAGCGCAUCAUCACGGACAAGCACUUCUACUUCAACAAGACCAAGGGCUUCCCCUGCCUCAAGAAGGCGGAGGGCAGCAGCAAACCCCACUGCCUGGGCAAAACCAAGGGCAGGACCCACCCCGAGAUCGACCCCGAGGUGGUGCAGAGACUGCGCGAAUUCUACCGGCCCUUCAACCUCAAGUUCUACCAGAUGACCGGGCACGACUUUGGCUGGGAUGGAUGACAAAAUGUAAUUUAAAAAGAAAAAAAAAAAAAAAUUAUCCAAAUAUAAUAUAUUUUUUUACCACUCGGUAGAGAAAAGGCAGUUUAAUAUUUGUGAUGAAAAUACUCGUUUUAGUAUUUUUCCAAUGAAUGUUCCUGCCUCCAACCCCAUCUUGAUGGAUAACUGAGCCCGAACAUUUGGGUAAACACGAAAGGAAAACUUAUCUCGUUUAAAUAAUUUCAAUUUUCAGUUUUAUUUUGUGUUCUAUAGACGCAGGCGUGAAGGAGAAGCAUCAAUGGUCAUUAAAGUUUUUAAGAAAAUUCUGACGUUAAGCAUUUCUUUAAAAAAAAAAAAAAGACCCUGGUAAAGUUGAUUUCUGUCCUUAAUAUUUCUCUCCUUUUUUCCUGUGCCAUUUUUCAUAAAUCAUUUCCUAACUUGGCAAUAAUGCUGUAUGUGUGGAUCCCUUUUCACAGCUUUUGUAUUUCACUCAAAUAUGGUUUUCGAUUCUUACACUAUACGUGGUGCAAAAGUAUGCUGUUAUACAUAGAGAUGUUAUCCCCAUUUUACAGAUAAGGAAAACAGACUCAGGGAGAUUAAAUGACUCAUAGGUGAUAGAUCCUGACAAAACCUCAUCUUGCACUUGUGUCCAUGUCUCUUUUUUGGGGGUACGAUGAAAAAUAAAAAUAAUUGCACCUUCAUUAGCUGGUUUCAAGAUGAUCCAAAAUGGGAUAGAGGAUUUCUUAAAUUGUUUCCUGAGUUCCAGACUUGACUUGUGGCAUCCGGUUUCAUUGCAAAAUUGUCUAAGGAAGCCACUAAGAUCUGGAUCAAACCUCUUGGGUGAUUAACAUACCCAGAGAUAUGGAGAUUGGAUUGAAUCAUUGGAUUCUUGUAUCCAGGGCAAGAUGGACAGCGGUAACCCGGCAGGAGUGGUGAUAGAUGAGAUGGGAGGGUUACUUAAGAGUCCCUGGAUUUGGCUGCUUUAUUUUUUUUUUAAAGAAAAAUUCAUUUGCAUUGGAUUUUAUCAGCACGAAACCCAUUUUUCUUCACAUUAUUUUGAAGAAAAUCUACUUUCCUUUGUAACAGCUCAGGUCUAAUCUUGUCGCUAGUUCUAAAAUAGCUACCAAUUGACGGCUCAUUGCAAUGCCUUUGCUGAUUCAUGGGUGGAGGAUUGUCACUUUGUCACUUUAUUUUUCCAAUUUCCUAGUCACACCAUGUAUUAUUACGUGGAAAAUGUUCAAAGAAAUGCAGUUGUGAGUAAAGUAGCUACUUUUUCUUUUCUCUAGUCUGUUCCCGCCCAUUCCCCCAGUGAAAUCAAGUAAAUAAAUCAGUAGUUUAUUAUGAGUACUCCUUUGCAUUCUGGGACAAUAUUAACAAGAUUAGCAUUAAUGGGAGUUAAAUUGCUUUAGAGGGGAGCACAUAUGCACAAAAUACAUAAAAUGUUUAUAAUUAGUCUGUGAGCAACAUUUUAUUACAGGUUUAGACCCAAGGGCAAAAUGGCUCUUUUGGUUGGGAAAGUGUUCUUAUCUGCCAAAAUUUAAAGGACCAGACACCCUACUAUACUAAAUAUUCUAUUUGUUCUCCAAUGGUAUCAAUAAAAAGAAACUAAAAUCAUUUUAAAAUAUACAUUAUAAUGAUACCUUGAUCGUAAUCACCAUACUAGGGGUGUAAAUAUGUCUCAAGAAAUCUAGCACAGGAUUAAAGUGGGGAAAAGUAUCCUCUAAUUUUUAAGAUAUUUUUUAGACAUAUUUUCAAAACUUUCUGUUUGUUACUAUCCCAUUCAUGGAAAUUAAGUUAAACCCAAAGCUGGGUCAUCUUUUUCUGGUUGAUCUCUGUCACUUUUGUGCCCUCAAUUUUCCAGGCCACAGUCUGUUUUUGUUCUACUUGAAUUGUUACUACCGACGACAUGAGAUUCAUUUUAACCCUUCUCAUCUUUUCUCCUAACUCAUGUUGUUUCUGUUUCUGAGUCUUUUGUAAGCAUUCGUCUGCUUGGCAUUAUGCAAAAUUGGCUUGCACAAAGAAACAAUUACAUCUAAUAAUUACGCUCAGUAACCUUAGCUUUUUUGUGUGUGUGGAAGAAAUAAAGAACCAAAUUAAGUGCCAA